AUGGGAUUGUUGGAGCUUAAUCAUUGGGCCAAUUUAUCGCUGGUGAUUGUCGCUCUGUGCGCUGAAAUUCAUUCAGAAGUCGCCAAACAAAUCGACGAGAUGGAGAAAACGUAUAAAUUUUGCUUCAAACUUCUUCGAAAUGUUGAUCGUCGGUUUCCGGAAUCUCUCAACGACAUUCAUGUUGUGAGGGAAAUCAAAAAUUCGAGUGGCGCUUUCGAUUCGAAGAUAGUCGAUCUUUCGGAAGUUGCAAAUCUGCUGAAAUUUACUGAUGAUCGGAUGUUAAUUGCGCAAACAUCGAAUGAAAUUGAUAUUAUCAAAAAAGAAGUGCUUACGGAGCUUCUAGGAGACGAAAAAUCCGAUGAGAAUAUUGGUAAAUCACAAACGUGUGAGAUUGGAAUGGCUGUUUCUCGAGACGAUUUAAGCUUUUUGAACAGAAUAGAAAUGGGUCAAUAUGGAUUCCUGUUCGACGAGCACGGCUCAUUUCUUCAUUAUUCGCUUGAAGCGCUUCUUGUCGCUGCAUUGAUAUUCCUUUUAGUUAGGAGUCGACGAUCAAAAAAAGAGAAAUUGUCGAAGAGAUUAACCGAAAAGCAAAAAGAUGAGCUAAUUGCCGAAUGGGAACCGGAACCGCUCGUUCCAGAAACUCCACAAGAUCAUCCCGUUUUGAAUCCGAAAUUUGUUGAUGGUAAAAUGACCAAAGAAGUGAGCAUCGAUGGCAAAAAUUGUCUGAAUCUUGCCUCAACCAACUUUUUGAGUUUUAUUGGAAUGAAGAGAAUCGAGGAGCGAGCGAAAGCAACAAUCUUCAAAUAUGGCGUUGGUUCAUGCGGUCCACGUGGAUUCUAUGGUACCGUUGACGUGCAUUUGGAUUUGGAAAAAGAGCUGGCAAAUUUUAUGCACACCGAGGAAGCGGUUUUGUAUAGCUACGGGUUUGCCACUGUGUCAAGCGCAAUUCCAGCAUACGCCAAAAAAGGGGAUAUCAUUUUCGUCGACGAAGGUGUCAAUUUUGCGAUUCAAAAAGGAUUGCAGGCAUCGCGAUCGAAAAUCGAAUUUUUCAAACAUAACGAUAUGGAAGAUUUGGAACGCCUUCUGAUGGAGCAGGACGCCAAAGAUCAAAAGGAUCCGAAAAAAGCGAAAACAAUUCGACGAUUCAUCGUCGUUGAAGGCCUUUACGUGAAUUAUGCCGACUUGUGUCCACUUCCAAAAAUUAUCGAAUUCAAAUGGAAGUACAAAGUUCGCGUGUUCAUCGAUGAGAGCUGGUCAUUCGGAGUUAUCGGAAAAACUGGAAGAGGUGGGCUCGUUAUAUUAGAAAUGAUCAUUUAUUGA